CAUGAGGACCACAGGCAGCUUUCUUGCUGCCGCUGCGCUGCUUUGCAGCGCUGGAGUCUGGUGCUUUGGCACAGCGGGUCACAGCAGCCUCCCGGGUGACUGCCUGCACAGCCCGGCCGCCCCGGCUUCCUCGCAGCGGUCACUCGGGAUCACCGAGUCCGGCCACAGGUGCCUGGAGUGGAGCGCCAUCCCCAGUUUCGUCGAGAGGUUCCCGAACAAAGGUCUGGGAGACCACAACUUCUGUCGCAACCCCGAUGGGAGGCUCAAGCCCUGGUGCUUUAUCAGGAAUCGCCGUGGAAGGAUCGACUGGGCUUAUUGCGGCUGCAGGCAGGGUUUAGUCCGAUUGCAAGGAGGUCAGAAACUUGGUGAAGGUAGAGUUGAAGUGUAUGUGAAUGGAGUAUGGGGAAUGAUCUGCAACAAGAACUGGGACGAUCGGGAUGCCUCCAUUGUUUGUCGGCAUCUUGGACAUGGUCAAAGUGGCAAAGCUGGCCAGACCUCCCUUUCUGGACUGACACUGGCUCCUGUUCACUGGAGUAAUGUCCAGUGCCGAGGUGAUGAACACAGUUUAUUUGAGUGUGCAAAGGAGACCAGGCAGCGUGGCAACUGCUUCUACAAGCGGGUGGCUGUGGUUACUUGUUACCCUCCCAAAGCAUCUGUAUUUGUUCCAAUCCGACUGGUUGGUGGUAGCUCUGAAUAUGAAGGCCGGGUGGAAGUCUAUCGUUCUGGGCAAUGGGGAACUGUGUGCGAUGACCACUGGGAUGAAGCAGAUGCUGAAGUUGUCUGCAGGCAGUUGGGCAUAAGUACUCCAGCCAAGGCACAGACACUGGCGCAUUUUGGAGAAGGAACUGGUCCAAUAUUACUGGAUGAUGUGCAGUGUACAGGCAAUGAACUUUCUAUAGACCAGUGUCCCAAGAGUUUGUGGGGAGAGCACAACUGUGGGCACAAGGAAGAUGCAGGUGUAUCCUGCAAUCCUCUCAGGGACGGUGCACUACGCCUGGUCGGAGGAGAAGGUAGCCACGAAGGACGGCUUGAGGUAUAUUAUAGUGGCCAGUGGGGAACAGUCUGUGAUGAUGGCUGGACAGAGCAGAAUGCCCAAGUUGUUUGCCGGCAACUGGGAUUCAGAUAUUCAUUGAAGCCCCUUGUGGGUCAAUAUGAAAGAGGUUCUGGACCUAUUUAUUUGGAUGAUGUCAAUUGCUCUGGUCAAGAAUCAUCACUGGUUUUGUGCUCAAGAAAUGAUUGGGGUCAGCAUGACUGCAGUCACCAAGAGGACGUAACUGUCAUCUGCACAUUCACUGCUGCAAACGACAUCCAAGAAAUACCCUUUGGUCCUCCUAUCAGACUGAUGGAUGGUGAAAAUAAGAAAGAAGGACGUGUUGAAAUUUUUAUCAAUGGCCAGUGGGGAACCAUUUGUGAUGAUGGAUGGACUGACAAGGAUGCCGCUGUGGUCUGCCGUCAGCUGGGAUACAAGGGCACAGCCAAGGCAAGGUCACUGGCUUAUUUUGGAGAUGGUGUGGGGCCAAUACACAUGGAUAAUGUGAAAUGCACUGGGAAUGAACAGACGCUGGAAGACUGUAGCAAACAAGAUAUUGGAACACAUAACUGUCGACACAGUGAGGAUGCUGGUGUGAUCUGUGACUAUGGUGCCAAAAAAGCAGGAAGCCUAGGCAACAUAGGGUCCAUGAAUUCUCUCUGUGGCUUACGAUUAUUAAACCAACGGCAAAAACGGAUCAUUGGUGGGAAAAAUUCUCUAAGGGGCGGGUGGCCUUGGCAGGCAGCCAUCCGACUGAGAGCAUCCCAUGGAGAAGGGAGACUGCUGUGCGGUGCCACUCUCAUUGGCAGCUGUUGGGUCCUGACUGCAGCUCACUGCUUUAAAAGGUAUGGCAACAGCACAAAAAACUAUAUUGUGCGUGUUGGUGAUUACCACACAUUAGUAUCUGAGGAAUAUGAGGAAGAUCUUGAAGUGAAGAGCAUUAUUGUCCACAAGGACUAUAAGCCUGAUGCUAAUGACUAUGACAUUGCAUUGAUAAAGCUUGAAGGAGACCAGGAACAUUGCAUCAAAUUCAAUGCCCAUGUCCUUCCAGCCUGUUUGCCACACAGGAGAGAACGUACAGAAAGAAAAGGUUCAAACUGCUACAUUACUGGAUGGGGUGACACAGGAAGAGCUUAUUCAAAGACGCUGCAGCAAGCUGCCAUCCCAUUGCUUCCCAAAAGGCGUUGUGAGGGCCGCUACAGGCAGAGGUUCACUGGCAGGAUGCUCUGUGCAGGAAACUUACUGGACCACAAGCGAGUAGACAGCUGCCAAGGAGAUAGUGGUGGACCACUGAUGUGUGAAAGAGCAGGAGGUCGCUGGGUAGUGUUUGGUGUGACCUCCUGGGGACAUGGCUGUGGUAUAAAGGAAACCCCAGGUGUCUACACAAGAGUUUCUGCUUUUGUGCCUUGGAUUGAACGUGUGACUAACCUGUAAGUCGCUGGGAUCAGAAGACUGGUGCUGACUGCCAAUGGAGCAUCACAUAUCCCUCACUCUCCAUUGCUUCCCCCAUGAAGGAGCUCCCCAAAUUCAUUCUCCCAACAACAAGAGCACUCCAAGAACUCAAGGACCAAGAGAGCAACCUCAGUGUGGUGCUUCCAUAAUUACAGAGCAACAACAGAACUGGAGAAAUGAUGGUGAUUGUGUCAAUCAUUUAGAGGGCUGAGAACAUUUUUUAGGGGAUUUUAUCUUGCUGCAAAUGCACUGCACAAUAUAAAAUGCAUAGACGUUUUGAUUUUCUUUCCGAUCCAGCAGUUUCUAUUUUCCUGGACUGGGAACACAUUAUUGAGAAUAAUUAUUGAGACUUAUUUAUUUAUACUUUUUCAUAUUUUGGUCACUCAGUGGUGCCCCAUUGAAGGGAGAAGCUAAACAGCUGCAUCACUUUAGCUAUGUUAGGAGCAGCACACUGAAUAAGCACAGAACCUUGCUGUCUUAAAAAGAUCCAUUCAUACAGGCUGUAAGUCAACAAGCAAAUGGGGGAAGUGCAGAACAGUGUCAACACUCUAUAUUCAUAUAAUGAUAACAGCAUUUAUAUCCAAACUAACCUGAGAAAAUUGCACUAACUUAUAUGAUAAGGUUUCUCCAGUUUAACUGAAAGCACAAAUUGCAAAGGACAAAAAAAUAGGGAACCAACAUGAACGAGAGUGUUCAGUCAAGUAUUUGCUUGCCCUGAAAUUUUGUUGAUUACUUGAAAAAUUGUAUAAACUUGUUUUUAAUCUGCUUGCCACAAUUAUAUACGAACUACAAAUGAAAAUGCUUUGUCAACUUUAUUGGUUCCAACUGUGAAAUGAGUUUGAUGGAGGAAGAAGCUACCAAUAGAAGUUCAGUAUAAAUCUCCAUUGAGUCAGUCCAGUAUGCAUUGCUCAACAGCAGAAGGAAUGAAAUAUGGCAAAUUCAAAGUGGAGUUAAGCAGCCAGUUAAAAAUUUGAUGAG